UCUAUCUUUCUCUCUCUCUUUCUUUUCAUUUCUUUUUUUAUUUUUUUAUUUUUUUAUUUUUAUUUUUUUCAUAUAGUUCUCUCUUGUGUUCCACACAUCUCCAAUGGUAACAAACAGAAGUUUGUUUCACCAUUAAUGACCACCUUUGAUUUCAGUUUGGACUUCUCUUCAAAGACAAAGAGAGUCAGAGGUUCUCUUUGAACAAGAGCUUUGUUUGGAAGUGUUGUGGUGUCCAAAUUAUUCAAUGGCAGGCCACCAUCAUCAUCAACAACAACAACAACAACACCAGAUUUCAUUUGGGAUGAUGCAGCCUUCAUCUUCCUUGCAUGCCAACUUCAUGAGCAUUAAAGAAAGUGGAAGUGGUGGUGGUGGUGCUUAUGAUUUAGGAGAGUUAGAUCAAGCCCUUUUUAUGUACUUAGAUGGUCAGGAUCACUCUUCAGUGCAAGAACAAAGACAAACUCUCAAUAUAUUCCCCUCUCAACCCAUGCAUGUAGAACCAUCUACAAAGGUUAGCAUGAGUUUAGUGUCUCCACAAAGCAGUGGAGCUACAAGAUCUUCAGAGCCAACAAUGGAGCUUGGCAAUCCAAGGAUUGGAAGUGAUUAUCCACCACCUUUGUCAUCUGAACCAUCAAAAGAUAUCAAACCUACAGCAGUGAAGCAGAGAGAAGGGAAUACAAGGAAAGGAACAACUUCAAGUUCAGAACAAGAAGGACCUAAAACACCUGAUCCAAAGACAUUGAGAAGACUUGCUCAGAAUAGAGAAGCAGCAAGGAAGAGCAGACUCAGAAAGAAGGCUUAUGUUCAGCAACUAGAGUCUAGUAGAAUCAAGCUAACUCAGCUAGAACAAGAACUUCAGAGAGCUAGAGCUCAGGGUGUGUUAUUUGGUGGUGGAGCACUUCUUGGAGAUCAAAGUCUUCCUUCUGGCAUUGGUGGUCUCAGUUCAGAAGCAUCGAUGUUCGACAUGGAGUAUGCAAGGUGGUUGGAGGAACAUCACAGACUAAUGUGUGAGCUGAGGGCUGCGGUGCAAGAGCACUUGCCGGAGAAUGAACUGAGAAUGUUUGUCAAUAAUUGCCUAGCUCAUUAUGAUGAGCUGAUGAACCUCAAGAACAUUGUCAUCAAGUCCGACGUCUUCCAUCUCCUGUCCGGCAUGUGGAAAACUCCCGCCGAGCGAUGUUUCAUGUGGAUAGGCGGUUUUCGCCCUUCCGAAAUCAUCAAGAUACUUUUGAGCCAUGUAGAGCCAUUGACGGAGCAACAAAUACUUGGCAUAUGCGCGCUUCAACAAUCGACACAAGAAAAUGAAGAAACUCUGAGACAAGGGCUUGACGCACUAUACCAAUCCCUGUCCGACACGGUCACCUCUGAUGCGUUGAGCUGCCCUUCAAACAUGGCCAAUUACAUGGGUCAAAUGGCAAUUGCCAUGAACAAGCUCUCUACUCUUGAAAGUUUUGUCAAACAAGGAGAUAACCUGAGGCAGCAAACUUUGCACAGGCUAAACCAGAUACUGACAACUCGACAAGCCGCCCGGUGUUUCCUUGCCAUUGCCGAAUACUUUCAUCGUCUCCGAGCACUGAGCUCUCUCUGGCUUGCAAGGCCAAGGCAGGAGUGAAUAUUCCAUAAUUCUAAAUCUCAGAAACAUGUUACAAAUUAAAGCAACAAAUCAAAAAGAUUGAUGGACAUGAUCAUUAAUGUAAACCUUAACAAAUAUACCAUCAGGCAUCAUCUCUCUUUCCUUUAUUUGUAACAGCUAGCUUUCUCAUGUAUAUACAGUGUUACAAUAACAUAGCUAGUGAGCUAGGUCACCUUUUUACAUGAAAUUAAUGCAUGGGAUCACUUCCCUGAGUUAGCUUCAA